AUGGCCCCCUCUACACCUCAAAUUUCUGAAGCUGAUAUUCAGGAUCCUACUCAAUACUUUGAGAACAGGAAUACAUGGCUUGCGUCUCAGAAGGCGUCAGGGGAAAAUCCAUACCCUAACAAGUUCCGUGUUUCGAUGACUCUUGCUGAAUACAUCAAAAAGUAUGAAACAUUGGCUGAUGGUGAACACCUUGAAACAUUGGCGGAUGGUGAAGAUGUUCAAGUUUCUUUGGGUGGUAGGAUUAUGCAAAAGAGAACUUCAUCUUCAAAGUUGUUGUUUUAUGAUUUGCAUGAUGAGGGUUUGAAGGUGCAACUCAUUGUUGAUGCACGGAAUUCUGGCAUGGAUGAAGCUGAAUUCACACGCUUCCAUUCUGGUGUCAAACUUGGUGACAUUGUUGGUGUUACUGGAUUUCUAGGAAAGACCAGAAGAGGAGAAUUAAGUGUUUUCACUGGAUUUCCAGGAAAGAGCAAAAGAGGAGAAUUAAGUGUUCUCCCCAAAUCUUUCAUUGUUUUAUCUCCUUGUCUCUGUAUGAUGCCAAGAAAUAAAGCAGGAACUGGCGGUGAUAAUUCAGAUAUUUCCAAGAAAACUGAUCCAUGGGUACCUGGAAGUGCUAGGAAUCCAGAGUCAUACACUUUGAAGGAUCAAGAAACAAGAUAUCGCCAGCGUUACUUGGACUUGAUGUCGAAUCCGGAGGUAAGACAAAUAUUCAGAACUCGAGGUAAGGUUGUUAAGUACACUAGGAAAUUCCUCGACGAUCUUGAUUUCGAGGAGGUAGAAACCCCCAUGAUGAGCAUGAUUGCUGGUGGAGCAGCAGCCAGGCCAUUUGUUACUCAUCAUAAUGAACACAACAAGAAUCUCUUCAUGCGUGUUGCCCCUGAGCUAAAUCUCAAGAGGCUGGUUGUUGGUGGAUUCAACCGUGUGUACGAGAUAGGAAAACGAUUCAGAAACGAAGGAAUUGAUCUGACACAUAAUCCAGAGUUCACUACGUGUGAGUUUUAUAUGGCUUACGCGGAUUACAAAGACUUGAUGGAUAUCACGGAGAAGAUGUUGAGUGGUAUGGUAAAGGAAUUGACUGGUGGCUAUAAAAUUAAGUACCACGCAAAUGGGAUGGACAAGGAUCCAAUAGAGAUUGACUUCACUCCUCCAUUCAGAAGGAUUGAGAUGAUAGGAGAGUUGGAGAAGAUGGCUGGCAUUGAGAUACCCAAGGAUCUGUCAAGCGACGCAACCAACAAGUAUUUGCUGGAUGUAUGCACCAAGUUUAAUGUCAAGUGCCCACCUCCUCAAACAACAUCGCGGUUGUUAGACAAGCUUGUUGGACAUUUCUUGGAGGAGAUAUGUGUGAAUCCAACCUUUAUCACUAACCAUCCUGAGAUUAUGAGCCCCUUGGCAAAGUCGCAUAGAUCGAAGCUAGGCUUGACUGAGCGUUUCGAAUUGUUCAUCAAUAAGCAUGAACUUUGCAAUGCAUACACGGAGUUGAAUGAUCCUGUGGUACAACGUGAGCGAUUUGCUGCGCAACUAAAGGACCGGCAAUCUGGUGAUGAUGAGGCAAUGGCAUUUGAUGAAGAUUUUUGCAAGGCUUUGGAUUAUGGAUUGCCCCCCACUGCUGGUUGGGGUUUGGGGAUUGACCGGCUCACUAUGCUGCUUACUGAUUCACAAAAUAUUAAGGAGGUCAUGUUCUUUCCUGCUAUGAAGCCUCAAGACGAACCUGCCAACAAAGCUACUUAA